AUGGAUCCUGAUCCUCAGGUUUUUGUUCUCGAUUUUGACCUAAGAUUUUCUGACGUUGGGGAUCCUAAGUAUUUUGCCCACCAUAUGAAUUUUGAAGCCGAAUUUCCGGCGCAUGAGUUGGUUACAAAAGAAUUCUGUUCCGUAAUGAUCGAGGAAUCGCGAAAAACACGCGAUUCUGUCUCUCUAAUAGAUGUUAAUGGUAGAAGUUUCAAUUACCUUGAUCUGCUUGAUGAUUCGUGGUUCAAUUCGCCUCCAUCAUUCGUCGGAGAUUGGAGUAGCAGCAAGCCUUCGACGGUAGCCGGCGAAGAAGGAGAAAAGAGAUCUUAUAAUGGAGUACUGAAUGAAAGCCUAAAGGACUACGAAGAGAAUUGCAGAGCCAGCAAUGGAGAGGGAGAUUACAAAUGCUUGUCCUUGGAAGAUUUUGUCGCCAGCUCAUCAUCACAGGUGAAAGAUGAAAGAGAUCGAGAUGUUCUAGCUGAAUCCAUCUUUGAACUCCAUUCGGCGCAAGAAGAAUUAGAAAAUGAGCUGUUGAAGUUUAAGGAUAUCAGCAAAGAUACAUACGUGAACACAGAAUUCGUCGAUGCUAUAGAAGAACGAAACAUAAAUGUAGAAACAGAGCUCGAGGGCCAUUAUAAACAAAAAAUCGAGGCUGAGGUGGAGAAUAUGGUAAUAACAAGAACGAUUCAGCAGCUGAGGAUGGCGACUGUGAAAGGGAUUACAGUUCUGAAAGAACACAAGGCUUUUGCUUCGGAGCAGAUGCAGAUGGUCGAUACACUUAAGGACGCCGAAAAAAGUGCGGCGGUGCUUGAAAACGUGGCGAAGAAAUUGGAAAGCGCUUGCCAAGACAUUGCUUUUGCGGAUGAAACGAUGGAAUUGCGGGCUAGCGUUUGUAAGUAUGGAUUUUGGUUCGUCGUGCAGGUUGUGUCGUUGGCAGUCGUUGUUGUGGCCGUGUUCGUAGCCGGAUCGUCGGGAAAUCGGAUGGAGCCUGCUCCGACUUAGCUGUAGGAUUAGGACAAUUGAUGUUGGGGGUUGUUUGUUCCUCGUUUUGGAUAUAGAAGUUUGUGUAGAGAUCGAAUGGUUGCUUCUGUGUAAGAUAAUUCUGUGUUUGUUUGUAUGUUUUAGAUGACCCUGCAGUCAUGUCAUUUCUGUAUGUAUAAUUUGAAUUUA